AUGGAGACAGUAUCACCACCCCCAACACUCAGUCAUUUAUUCACCGUUCGAUGUGCAGUCGAUCCACCAAUGGAAAUCGGCCAUGGACCUUAUGGUCGACGUCGCUGCGUGCCAAUCAUGUCCGGCUCCGUGCACGGUCCCCAUUUGAACGGCGAGAUUGUACCUGGUGGAGCUGACUUCAUGCUAGUCGAGGAAAACAACACAACACAUGUAAAUACCAACUAUGUUAUCAAGAGCGACGACGGCGCAUUCAUCUACAUCCGUACGGAAGGCACACGCGCAGGACCUCCGGAGGUGCUGCAAGCAUUGAUGGAGGGUGGGCCGGUAGAGUCCAGCCAGUACUGGUUCCAUCUGCACAUCAAGCUCGAGACGGGCCAUGAGAAGUACAAGUGGAUGAACGAUCGAGUCAUCGUCGGACGGGCUACUAGAGCCAAAGGCGAGGUCGCUUAUGAUGCUUAUUUCCUCGAGAAUACUUCAUACUGA